UUGAACGAGUGCUGCGUGGAGGUCCUGGUCACCACCUUCAGGGACACCAUCCUGGCCGAGUGUCCACAGAUGAUCAAGAACAACGAGACCGAUAAGCUCAAGCUGAUGUUUAAACUGAUGAAUCGUGUACCGGACGGCAUCCAGCCUAUGCUCGACGCGAUGGAGGAGCACAUCGUGUCGGCAGGGCUAGCAGACAUGGUGGCCGCCGCCGACACCAUAACGCAGGACUCGGAGCAGUACGUAGAGAAGCUGCUCGACCUCUUCCAGCGGUUCAGUCGCCUUGUGAGCGAGGCGUUUGACGAAGACCCGCACUUCCUCACGGCCCGAGACAAGGCUUACAAACAGGUGGUGAACGACACACAAGUCUUCAAGCUGGAACUGCCUAGCAAAACGCGACAUUUGAAAUUUGGCGCGUGCGGCGAUCCCGGAUACGGCGCAGGGCGCUGUUUGGGCCCGGCCGUAGUGAAGGGGUUAAAUAUGAAGGGCAUCGGGAACAAGACGCAGCCUGAGUCGAAGUGCCCCGAGCUGCUGGCCAACUACUGUGAUAUGCUGCUACGCAAGACGCCGCUCAGCAAGAAACUCACUGCCGACGAGAUAGAGAGCAAACUGAAGGACGUGCUGUUGGUCCUCAAGUACGUCAGCAACAAGGAUGUCUUCAUGAGGUACCACAAGGCCCACCUCACCCGGCGCCUCAUUCUCGACACCUCGGCCGACUCGGAGAAGGAGGAGAACAUGGUGGAGUGGCUACGAGAGGUGGGCAUGCCGGCAGACUACGUUAACAAGCUGGCGCGCAUGUUCCAGGAUAUCAAGGUGUCGGAGGACCUCAACCAGCAGUUCAAGGAGACCAUCCGCACCACCACGAAGUCCAGUGUGGCGGGUGAGUGCGCUUGGCAACCACACAUCCACAUUCACAUACAGUUGUGCCUUAACAUCUGCCAGGGUUAGAUAACAGACCUGCGAAUGUUGAAAAUGUCUUUUUUUUCUUUUUUCCCUUGUACUUGCUGCUAAUAGUUCAUGUUUAAAUGUCUAACUGGCUGUGUACCAAUAUUAUUCUUUCUUGUUUAUGAGUAGAAAAGUCAAAAUCAGUUUAAUGGAAUGGUGCACACACACACACACACACACACACACACACACACACUCACUAUAUGCAAGGCUCUGUGUUGGCCCCAAUUAUGUUUGCAGCAUAUGUUAAUGAUAUGAUAGAAGGAGUGGAUAGCUAUAUGAGUCUGUUUGCCGAUGACGCUAAGAUAAUGAGAAGAGUGGAAAAAGAGGAGGACUGCUUGCUGCUCCAGAGAGACCUGGACACAGUGUGGGAGUGGAGCAGGAAGUGGGAAAUGGAUUCUAACACCAAAAAGUGCAGUGUUAUUGGAUUUGGAAAGAGUGGAAGGAGAGUAGAGGGACAUUAUAAGUUGGGUAAGGAUAAGUUAGACAAGAAGACAGAAGAAAGGACCUUGGAGUGAUGAUCACAGAAAACUUGUCUCCAGAAAGACUUGUGAAUAAAAUAUCAGCUGAGACACAACCUGCUGAGGAACAUCAGAGCAGUGUUCACAUACCUUGAUGAGGACAUGGUAAGGAAAUUAAUUGUGACCUUGAUACGCCCUAGACUAGUAUAUGCAUCAGUGGCUU